CCUCGCGGAAAAUAUGUGGUAUCACAGUUUAUAAACUUCAAUUUCGAUUAGGAUUCACUGCAUUCUCUGGUGAUUUUUUCAUUGAUUUUCUCAGUGUAAGCAUGGAAAAUCUGGGAUCAGAGAUUGGUCAGAAGAUGAGGCACGCCGUGAAGGCGAAGCUUCUGGAACUAGGCACGGGAUCCUCAUCGGGUUAUGUGGAUGACGAACUGCCUGAUUAUGUGAUGAUAAUGGUGGCAAAUAAGCGUUCAAAGCAGCAGAUGAUUGAGGAUUUGACACUAUUUCUGGGCUCCAACACCGGAGAAUUCGUCACCUGGCUGCACCAAGUCUUGCAAAAGCUCCAGGAGGUGUCCCUUCCUGCGACACUGCCUCCACCAAAGACAUCCAAGAGAAAGGCUUCCGAGAGUUCAGACACGACUCACAAGAAGGAGAAGAGAAAAGAGAAAAAGUCAAAGAAGCCCGGAAAGGGUCCAGCUUCCAAUAGCUCAUCGAAAUCCAUGGAGAAGCCAAAGGCCACAUCAUCGGCUGCUCCAUCAAUCACAGAUGUCUUUGCCGAUCAACUGAUCCAGAAGGCGAAGAAGACGAUGCAAUCUGAGGCUACAGUGAAUGUGAAAAAGCGAGAGAGGACACCGGAGGCGAUUAGAGCGCAAGAUGAGACACCGGAAAAUGAUUUUGAUAUUCCGACAAUUACACAGAUCGCAGAGAAUACUGUGGAGCAGACUCGCCGGAAAGAGUUGCUGGAGUUGGAAGAGAUCCAGAAGAAGAUCUAUCAGGCGAAGCGGCAGCUCAGCAAGCUCACAUCGGACGAAUCGGAGGAUGAGGAUUUUAUCAACUUGAAGGCGGAUGGGGAGGAGUUUGACGAUCCAGAUGUGAGACAGACAGAGAGUAUCGUGGACUCUACGAGGAAUCAGGCAGCGUAUCGUAAUCCUAGUCCAAUUGUGUUUGAUCUACCUGCCAGAAGAGUGUCCAGCAGCAGUGAGGGUGAGCCUCCCGAGAGGGAGAAAACUCCAAAGAAAACUUCUGUGAAGGAGAGGCUGGGCUCGAAGCCCACUGCUGAGGUGGGAAAGAAUGUCAUAAGCUUAUCAGCGAAUCGACGUAGCGAGCAGGAGAUCUAUAUUCCAGCUUUUCGGCGACGAGAGAUGGAGAAAGCCAAAGAGAUGGCUGUUGUGAAGGAGCCUCUGAAGACACGUCGAAUGCAGGAGAGUUCUGUGGAGGUGAUCCGCCGAGAGAAGCGCAAUGCGAAGGAGCCGAAAGUAUCUCUCGUGAAGGAGUUAAAAUCCUCUGUCCGCCAACGAAUUGGAUCGCGCGUGAUUGUGGCUCCGCCAAAGCCAGAGUUCGAUGAGGAUGCCGUUGAUGUGUCUGUGAGUAGUGUGGUGAAGAUCAAGCCACGUCCUGUGCUGCCCUUGGGGAAGCAGGCGAACAAGAAUCUGCUGCUACGCGCCAUGGCGGAGGCGCAGAAGUCCACUGCGGGUGUCAUGACACAGCGUGGCAUCGAGAAGAAGGGCAGAGUUGCGGGGAAGGCGGGAAAGGUGACUGCCAAUAAGGCAAACAUCCUGAUCGAGGUGCCUCGUGGGAAUAACGACAAAUCGCGAGAAGAUGAGUACGUGCCCACGCCAGUGACUCACCAUGAGCAGAAUGACGAGGUUGUCUAUAUUCCUCAAACAUCUUGUGAGGAAAUCGAUGAUGACAGUGAGGCGAAUGCACCAAAUAGUGGUGAGGAUGAACAGAAGAGACCCCAAUUUGUCGUGACUCUUGACGGGAUUUUCAAGGGAAUAAAGGCCGACAAUAUUGCAAAGAAGAAAUCUCUGCCUAAGAAUGUGAAGGAGCGAAUUGUGGAGAAGAAAAUUGUCUCAGUUGAGCCAAGGACGCGCAGCACUAGGAAGGCAUCUCCGGAGAGGAAGAAGGAAACACUGGAGCCGGUGAAGAAAGAUGAAUUGACACCUAAAAAGAGAUCUGCUGAGAAAGAAGCGCCAAAAGAUGAUGAACCGCCUAGGAAAAGACGAAUUCGUUGUUCGCCAAUUCGAUUUGAUUUGGAUAGUGAGAAGAAGGACAACAAAUCCCCAAAGUCUCCGUCACCGUCAACACCAAGGAAGUCUCAUAAGACGCCCGAAAGGGAGCCGGACAAGAACACAAGGAUUGAUGGAGAUGGUCAUACAGUGACAAUAAGGAGAAUUGAAACGAAAAAAUAUGAGAAUUUACCAUCACUGCUGAGCUCAGUGACUGUUCCGCAGGCAUCGGCAAAGCCCAAGGAUCGCUGCAAGUACUUUCCAAAUUGCACUAAAGGUGACUCGUGUGAAUUUAUUCAUCCUUCGAUGCCCUGCAAAUCAUUUCCCAACUGUAAGUUUGGCGAAAUGUGCCUCUAUUUGCAUCCCAAGUGCAAAUUUGACCUCACUUGCUCUCGUCACAAUUGCAAUUUCUCUCACACACCGGUUAUCUCAGCGGCUCCGCCUCUAGCUUCUCACGUAGUUCCUGUGCACAACUACAAGAUGAUCACGCAGAAUUUACUGCCACCGCUCUGCAAAUUCUAUCCAAAGUGCAGCAACACUCUGUGCAACUUCUACCAUCCAAAGUUGUGUCGCUUCGGGAAGGCUUGCAUGAACAAGGUGGAAUGCAAUUUCUACCAUCACGACAUCCCGGCGGUGGAUAAGUUCAAGUGGGUCUCGACGGCGCCCGGAACUGGAUCUGGGCAAGCGACGUCGACAUUUGUCUAAUAACUAUCCCGCGUGCGUCACUAAUCCAAUUAAAGAAGAAUGACUAUAUAUUGAAGAGUUUGCCACAUUUUCAUGCAUUAUUUAUAUUAAUGAUAUCUAUUCGACUUAGAGAAUAUUUAAUUACAAAAUGUACAGCCAAUGUACGUGAAUGUAAUCACGGGCAGAUACUUCGAGUGAGCUCUGAAUAAUAAAAGAAAGAAAAUGAUGAAUUUGAUGAAGAAUUUAGAUGACAACACAGUGAAAGAGAUAUGCAAGUUUCACGAUUUGAAUCAAUAAAUCGAUAGAUCAUGCAGAGUAUGGACUUUUAACAAUAGGAAAAUGCAGA